UGUGUGUUGGGUUGUGACUUGAAUAUUGUUGUGUUUUGUUGCUGUUGCUUUUAAUGUUGUGGUCAUUGUUGGUAACGACUGUAAUGUGAUUGUGUACUGAAAUGUAGCCUAAAACUGUUAAAAGUGAUUUAAGUGGACUCCAAAACAAAAGAAAUAGCAACAACAGCAGUGAAACUCACACUUGAUAUCACACAGUAAAGUCCCUACAAUUGUAUACUGUGAGUUAACAGGGAAAUUGCUUUAGAAAUAGAAAUGGGACAAAAAGAUGAAGACAAAAAAACACUCUCACAGCUCAGUCCAAAGAGCCAAAAGGGGAACAGAAAAAAAAUGCAAAACCACAUAGCAUAAUAUCACAGUGUUAUAAAGAAUAUUGACAAGGUUAAAGCUUACAAUAAACAAUAUAAACCCAUAGAUAAAUAACAACAAAAGAACAACAACAGCAUUGAAACUCACACUUGACAUCACACAGUAAAGUCCCUACAAUUGUAUACUGUGAGUUAACAGGGAAAUUGCUUUCACUUAAGGAAAUAGAGAUGAAGAGAAAAAGAUGAAGAAAAAAAACACUCCAGUCAAAAGAGUCAAAAGGGAAGGAAAAAAAAAAAAAGAGCGCAAGAAGUCCAGGAGGAGAUUUGCAUGGCACCCUCUCCUCGGACCAACAGAGGUCCAGGUUUGCAGACGUCACUGGUCGAGGAUCUUUGUUUUCUCUCUCCACCUCUCUUCUCUCGGUGGAGGACUACAAGUGAAUCAUCCAGCCGUAGGGACGGGACGGUCUCCUCUGCUCUGCCGCUCCUCUCCUCCAUCUCUCGGCUUGCACUGGGGCUAUUUCUCCUGUAUGGUGGAUAUCCUGCUCAACACUUCUUUCUUGGAUGAUAUGGGGGAUCAUUCAAAAAAGAAGUCGGGUAUCGCAAUGUGUGUGGGCUGUGGAAGUCAGAUACACGACCAGUACAUCCUGAGAGUCUCCCCGGACCUGGAGUGGCAUGCAGCCUGCCUCAAGUGUGCAGAGUGCAGCCAGUACCUGGACGAGACAUGCACAUGCUUCGUCCGAGACGGAAAGACUUACUGUAAAAGAGACUAUGCAAGGUUAUUUGGCAUCAAAUGUGCAAAGUGUAACAUGGGCUUCUGCAGCAGCGACCUGGUGAUGAGAGCUCGAGACAACGUGUAUCACAUGGAGUGUUUCCGGUGCUCGGUCUGCAGCCGUCACCUGCUGCCGGGAGACGAGUUCUCUCUGCGGGAAGACGAGCUGCUGUGUCGGGCGGACCACGGCCUGCUGGUGGAGAGGAGCUCUGCAGGGAGUCCGAUCAGCCCGGGAAACAUCCACACCAGACCGCUGCACAUCUCAGAACCGGUUUCGGUCCGACAUCCUCCUCAUCACCGGAACCACGGCCACAAGCAGUCGGAGAAGACGACCCGGAUCCGGACGGUGCUGAACGAGAAGCAGCUCCACACCCUGCGGACCUGCUACAACGCCAACCCGAGACCGGACGCUCUGAUGAAGGAGCAGCUGGUGGAGAUGACCGGCCUCAGUCCCAGAGUCAUCCGAGUCUGGUUCCAGAACAAGCGCUGCAAAGACAAGAAGAGGCAAAUCUUCAUGAAGCAGCUCCAAUCACAGGGGCUCAGCGAGAAAACCAAUCUGCAGGGCCUGACAGGCACCCCUCUGGUGGCAGGUAGUCCCAUCCGGCACGACAACAACAUGCAGGGGAAUCCUGUGGAGGUGCAAACCUACCAGCCUCCCUGGAAGACACUCAGCGACUUCGCCCUGCAGAGCGACCUGGACCAGCCUGCCUUCCAACAGCUGGUGUCUUUCUCCGAGUCGGGCUCUCUGGGCAACUCCUCGGGCAGUGAUGUGACCUCUCUCUCGUCUCAGUUACCAGAUACACCGAACAGCAUGGUGCCGAGUCCCGUGGACACGUGAAGAGGUCUCGAAGGUCUCGAGGUCAGCUCGAGAUCCCCAUCCUAGAGCGCGCACCCGCGUCCUCUGCAUGGGGGCACGCGCAGCAGAGACCUCAGUGACAUUCAAUCAGAGAAAAACCAAUUAAAGGACCAGGAUGGAUUAUUAUGCUCGAGGAUACAUUCAGGUGCCCGACUGGAGGAUUGGAGAUCUGACUAUUCCCUUUUACAUUUAGGCAUUUUAUAGCUCUUGCUGUCUUGCUCAAGGAUACUUCUGCAGCAGGAGACACACACAGCUGCUGAUGGACAUUUUGGGACCUUUCCACCAUGUGAUGCCAAUGCCUGAUGAACUAUGGCCAUAACGUGGUGAAUAUGUAUUUGGAGCCUGUAAUGGACGGCUGAAGGGUUCACAGUAUGUUUGUUUAUCAGGAACCUGCAGAAUUACAAACUGUGUAUAGGAUGUGCAUGAUUUGUAGGUUUCAAAAUAUCGACUCUUGUAAAUUAAUGAAACAGAUGGGGAUGCGCAUUUGUUUGCGUUUUUAUCCCAGAAAAUAAGUUAUUAUUAUUUAUUAUGAAGACAGACAUAGCCGAUCUUAUCAAUAAAAAAACACAGUUUUAACUGAUUAUUGCAUGCCAAUUCCAUUUUGUUCCAUAAAGAGAAGAUUUGUUUAUUAUUAUUAUUAUUAUUAUAGUCGGCAAAAUAAAUCAGUUUUAAGGUAAAUCUGCUGCUUAUAAUGCUUGACACUGUUUGAAGUAUAGAGGAGAUCCUCUGUUUAGACUAACCCUUUUAUUAUAAGGGCUAAAACUCAUACAGAUUAAAGAUAUUAGGGGGAUCAGAAAUUGAAUAUUUAAUUCAUUUUCCCACAUUUUUGGGUUUCCCUUCUCUGUCAGCUUCAGUUCACAAAGGUAUAGCAGCCUGAAGUCCUGCUUAUAUUUAGACCUGCUCUAAGUUUUCUGAGCCAAGUGGAUCAGUGACUGAUGGCUUACAAGAGAGUAUUAAGCAUUUGGUCCAUGUGUCAUUGGUCAGUAUCUAUUUUGAAGUCUUACAAAUCAGAAACAAAAAAAAAAAGGCAGGCCCUUUUUUAAAAAAAAAAAAAUGUAUUUUCUAAUUUUAACUAUUGAAUGCAAAAUCAAACACGUGAUUUGAUCUUUUUUUCACAAAACAAACCCAAGCAAAAAUUCAAAUACAUGUAAGCCACACCACCAAAAAUAGAAAGCAGAAAGAAAUAACCAUCGGUUUGAGAAUUUCAACUAAGCCAAAAAAGAGAGUACAUAUAAACACUGGCAAAAGAAAAUAUUUUUGAUCAC